CUUUUUUACAAGUAACAUUGGACGGGUAUGACGUCACAGGGUGGGGUUUCCGUACAGCUGACGGGGUGACGUCAGGGUCAGGGUUUUCCUCCUUCGACGUCGCAGGGCGGCGGAGCGGCAGUGAGCGACGCGACGCGGCAGCGGUAAUAUCCCCGGAGUUUUACCGCGGCGCAGCCGGAGCGCAGGAGGACCAGAGGCCGCCUCCACCCAGCAGGAAACCCCGGAGCCACGGAGCGCAGAGCCGGCCCGGGCCUUCGAGGACAGCCAGGAGCCACCGCGGGAGCAGCCGAGGCAUCGCCGCUCAGCUUCUGCAGAGGAAGACGUCCGUUGCCGGGGGGGGGGAGAGGAGCGUUCAGAGACACCGGCAUUCAGCAACAGGAGCAGAAGAGGAUCGGUCGCUGCGGACUCGGCCGAGGAGAAUCAGGAGGUCCAAACCAGAGGAGUUACAACAACCAAGCUGUGGAUUUUUAGGUUUUAUUCUUUCUGUGUUUGUGUAGGAGAGUGACGAGUGAAACAGUUUUACUCCGUCUUCUGCCUCAGAGAAGAAAACUCCUUUCUUCUCUCCUUUUUCUUUGUGAAACUUCAUCCGGACAAACCUGAGACAAAACUGGGACCUCAGGGGGAUUUUUUUCUUUUUCCUGCUUACAUGUGCCACUCCUUUUGAUUUCUGUUUGUUAUCUCCUUCUGCCCUUUCCUGCUAAUAUUUGUUUUUUCAUGAAAGCAAGGGGAAGAGGUUUCUGAAGAGUCUGAGCCGAGACCUUGAAAAACUGUUUGUUUGGUUUUACAAGGAAACAAACCGCGGCUCGUGUCUCCUCGUUGGAAUUUCAAGGAGGAAUAAAAAGGAAAAUGGGCUCAGAGAAGGGCUCCGAGUCGCCUCACUCAUCGGUCAGCGGCGUUCCCAACCCUAAGUGCCGAGCAGCUGGGAAACGCCAGGGCCGUAUCUCCUUCCACAGCCUCUUCCACAGCAAGCGGGGCUCCCGGAGCGGACGGGCCCCCAAAGGAGGGGCGGCCGCUCCGUUAGCUCAUCAUCACCACUCACAGCAGCAGCUGCCUGCCGCCUUGAGUUCAACGCCCACCGCAGCCUCCGCCGCCGCCGCCGCAGCCACCGCAAGCGGCAAGGACGCAGCCUGCAGCACCCCCUCAAAGCCACUCUCCUCCAGCCAGCCGUCCCUCGCCGGCGCCGGAGAACCCAACCUCCUGGAGUGCCCGCUGUGCCUGGUGCGUCAGCCCGCCGAGCAGCUGCCCGAGCUGCUGGGCUGCAGCCACCGCUCCUGCCUCUGCUGCCUGCGCCAGUACCUGCGCAUCGAGAUCACGGAGAGCCGGGUGCAGCUCAGCUGCCCCGAGUGCGCCGAGAGGCUGGCCCCCCGGCAGGUGGCCGACAUCCUGGACGACGCCGCCCUGCUGGAGAAGUAUGAAGAGUUCCUGCUGCGGCGCUGCCUCGCCUCCGACCCGGACUGCAGAUGGUGCCCUGCGCCCGACUGCGGGUUUGCAGUCAUCGCCUCAGGCUGCGCCAGCUGUCCCAGGCUGGUGUGUCGGAGAGAGGGAUGCGGCGCGGAGUUCUGCUACCACUGCAAACAGGCGUGGCACCCGAACCAGACCUGCGACUCGGCCCGGCAGCAGCGGGCCCAAUCCCUGCACACCCACAGCGGACACUCGCCCAGCUACACCCAGGAACAGGGGCCUGCUGAUGACAUCAAGCCCUGCCCUCGCUGCGGCGCUUACAUCAUCAAGAUGAACGACGGCAGCUGCAACCACAUGACCUGCGCCGUGUGCGGCUGCGAGUUCUGCUGGCUCUGCAUGAAGGAGAUCUCGGACCUGCACUACCUCAGUCCGUCCGGCUGCACCUUCUGGGGGAAGAAACCCUGGAGCAGGAAGAAGAAGAUCCUGUGGCAGCUGGGAACGCUGAUCGGAGCGCCGGUCGGGAUCACGCUGAUCGCCGGCAUCGCCGUUCCCGCCAUGGUCAUCGGAAUCCCGGUUUACGUCGGCCGAAAGAUCCACGCUCACUACGAGUUGAAGAAGGCGUCUCGCCACAGGAGGAACCUGGCCAUCACGGGGGGCGUGGCCCUGUCGGUCAUCACCGCCCCUGUCAUCGCAGCCGUCAGCGUCGGCAUCGGCGUUCCCAUCAUGCUGGCCUACGUGUACGGCGUUGUUCCCAUCUCGCUCUGCAGAGGAGGCGGCUGCGGCGUCAGCAGAGGGAAGGGCCGCGGCGUGCGAAUCGACUUUGAUGAAGACGACGGACCAAUCACAGUGGCGGACGCGUGGCGAGCCCUGAAGUCUCCGAGUCUCGGAGAGAGCAGCCUGGACGGAGCGGUCAGCGGUCUGAGCACCACGUCCCCCAGCGAGGGCCUCUCUGUGGCCCCUGGGAAUCUGGGAGACACUCCGCACUUCAACACGCUGGCCGGUGGCGCUUUGGGGACCCGAACCAGCAAGUACAACAGGUUGGAAGUUCAACCAGGGGAACUGGCUAAGGAAUCGGCCCAGAGAGAGACGGGAAGUCUGGGAGCAGGAAGCGACUGCGCCAGCACCCGAGGGAUGGCCGGAUCCAUCAUUUCCUCUUACACCUUACCCGACAGGGACUGCACCAACCUGGAGAUCCAGGUGGACAUCGAGACCAAACCCAGUCAUCUCUGCCUCACCAGUGAGGAGGACCUAGCUCCACAGGCAAGCUCUGCUGCCAUGGCGACUGCCUCAGGAGGGGAGGAGCCACAGGACUGCAGCUCCAGAAGGGGCGGGGCUUUGGGAUUGUCGCCAGGGGCGUCAAUCAGGGAGGGGCUCAGAGACGUGACCCUGGCCCAGCCGGAGAGCAUCCGCAGCGACCUGGAGAUGUCGGACACCCAGUCGGACGACAUCGCGGAGCUGACGUCGGACGACUGCGACUCGCCUCAUCCCAAAAGCUGCCAGCAGCUGCAGCCUCCCUCCUGCAGAUCCCUGAACCCCCCCACCGACGGCCUUCACUGUCCUGUGGACAGCAACGUCAUCCUGUACGUCUGAGAGGCACAGCUCUCAGGAUUGCACAAAAACUGACAAAACCCUGAACAUUUACCUUCAAACUUUGUUUCCUUUUCCUCCUGUCAUCUCUCGUCAGCUGCUUUAAGGUCUGAAAUACAGACGCAGGUGUUUGUUUCCUCCUGUCUGUUUUAUCGAUCUACCGGCCAGCCUCCUUUCUGAGUAAAUGGUCAGGGUUCUACCUCUGAGAUUUGUUGUUUACUCUUUGGUGCAAAAUGCCUUGGUUUCUUAAGCAAAAAAGAAAAUGAAACAAAAAAGUACAAAUUUAUAAGAAAAAAUACAAAAAUGAAAUGUUAAAAUGGGGUGAAAGUUACCAAGCACAGCAGAAAGAAUCAGACUGGAGAAGAAACUGAUGUGUAUUUGAAUGGAGACUUACAGCUUGUUGUCUUUUUUUUGCUUCUGCUGCUUCUGCCAUCAACAAAAGUAUUGUUUGUUUGUUUGUUUUUUUUGCAUCGUGCAUGAGUCUGCAUGAGCCAUUUCUCACCUGGAGGUUUUAAAAAGGCAGCGUGUUUCUCUUAUACAGUUUACCUUUAGAGGACGAAGCCGCAAUUGGAUGUCGCUUUUCCUGCUGGAAAGAGGAUGAGGAGUAAAGAGGAGGAAGGAAGGAAGGAAGGGAAGAAGGAAGAGUUUGCACACGCUGCAGAAACAAACAAAUGAGAGAUCUGAUGACGAUGGACCAAAACAGCUCAGAGGAAAAGAAACAUUUAUACAAAUCUGAACCAAGUCUGUGAGUCUAAGAUGAUUUUUGUAAAAAAAAAAAGCCAAAAAUAUUUAGAUGAUUUUAUUGUUGCUUAAUCGUUUGAAACAUUUUGUAGCAAAACUACUGAAUAGUUUUAUUUAAUUAAAAAGUAUACCUGUAUAAAUAUAUAAAAUAUUCUAGAAUCACAUAAUUUUUAUGUUUAGUGAGUGACAAUCACAGAUUCUUCCUUUGUCUAUUCAGCCUAGACAAAGGAAAAUAUUGAUUGUUCUCAUGUAUAAAGAUAUCGAUAUCAGUUAUCGGUAUCGGAUAUGAUGCUGUUUUGUGCCCUUUGAUCUAAACUUUCUGAAGACUGCAAGCCAAAAAAUUCCCCUUUUAGAAAGAAAUAUUUACCUAAAACAAUCAAUAAACGUAUUUCAACAUGUUAUUGAUGAGCAUUAUUAUCAGUAAUUGCUGAAGCAGGUAUUGUAAUAUUGGUAUUGGUUAUCAGUAUCGUAUAUCGUACCGUUUCAUGUCUUUUGAGUUACCCUUAAUGUAGACUGGCUAAAUAAAAAAAAUUACUUUUGGAUAGAAAUAUUUACUUAAGUCAAACAAAUUUAUUGAAAAAAUUUAAUAUUGAGCAAAUUAUUGAUUAUUGCUUAAUCAAGUAUUGUUAUAUUGGUGUUGGUUAUUGUCCAAUUAUCUGAGAUGUUUAAUUUAAACCUUCUGAAGACUCCUUAAGCCAAAAAAAACCUUUAGGGCAGAAAUAUUUACCUUAAACAAACAAUAAACAUAUUUGAACAUGUUAUUGAGCAGCUGGUUUAAAUCAUUUGUCAUAAAUUCUCAUUUUUCAGGUCGUUCACAUAAUGCAAUAAAAAUUACUUUUAGCUAGAAUCUGAACUGUCGGGCUGCUUCUCACACAUUUCGUCCGUCACAACUCUCCCAUACUUUGUUUCUGGUCCGUGUCGUGGUACCAGUCUGGCCGCUCACUGACCACCAAAACCAGCCCCACUGGUUUUGGUGGUUCUUGCCUUGUAAAAUGGCACCUGUCCAACCCAGUUUUAUGUGCAUGAAUGACAGAACAUGUGAUGAAUGUAUUGGUGUGAUCCACUUUGUCUUUUUUUUUUUUUUUUGACUGAGCACUUGUGCACUUUAUCUGAAUGUCUUAUUUAUCUUUUUUAAUGUGCUUGACAUCAUCUGUUGCUGUAAACAUGUUUACUUGAGUGAAAAACAAAAGUCUGUGGUACAACCAAAAAAAAGGAACAUUUCUGUUGGAUGGAAUGAGAGAAACGUUUGCCUCCAAAAUUUUUAUCACUCAGUAUUUUUGACCUUAAAUUGUAUUUUUUGUGUCUUUUUUUUAAUCAACGCUGUGAUACAAGAACUAAACAUAAUUUAUUAUAUUUCAUUCCUUUUUAUAACUUUGUGUUGCUCUGGUCAGCCAGUAUCACUUGUGAACUCGUCGUUUUGGAGCCAAACCGUGAGCUUCUCUCAGUCACAGCUUGACCCGUUUCUUAGCUUUGGAUCACCUCUGUGCUUCUGUUUGAAGAGGUUCCCGGGAACCUUUUUCUCCAUCUCAGAGUAGCUUUAUGUAUUCUGCUGCUUACGUCACUUGGCGGUGCUGUUUCUGUCUACACACGUCACUGGUUUUUUGCCUAUUGUUCAGAAUAAACGAAUGUACCACAGACGGAAAACUGGGACUUCCUGAAAGAGUCCGAAUGAGUGUUACGUCCCUUUAGGAACACAGGUGGUUCUGUCUUUAUUUGAAAUGGUUUAUAGAUAGCAAUAUUUAAGUGUUAUAACUAAAGGAACUGUGUUUUUUUUUUGUUUUGUUCUUGUUGCGGUUAAAGCCUCCGUCUGAUGAGAGGCUGAAUAUGCAGGACUGUGAGACUGGAGUCUUUUUUGGGGGGGAAAUGAAUAAAUAAACACAAUUUUAUGUUGCACCAAA